UACGCCUAGACUAUCCUGUUCCCCCCCCCUCUCCGCCACUCUUGUAAAAUUGGAUCACAACACGGCUUGCAUAUCUACUACCUACACACGACAUAUUUCAUUUCUUUGAAUUAAUUCGAAAAGAACAAGCAAAACUAUUCAUGAGACCACGAAAGCGCAUCAUGACCACCGUAUCUGUUGCAUGGAUGGGAGGAGGGAAAACGUCCCAGAUACCAUUUCUUUUCUGCAUAGCGGCGAGACAUCUGCUCUUUUUGACAAACUGUUCACACAAGACACAACUCAACACAGAUUCUAUUCAUUUUGUUCCUGUUUUCCUUGAGGAGCUGGGUUCUACUUCGACCUUGGGAGUCAUUUCUAAGACGGGUGGCAAUAUCUUCCUCGGGAUUCUAUUGGGCGUACGGGGUGUUCCAUAUGGGUAUUGGUUGGACGAGCAAGGGCAAGGAUCCGGCAAGCUUUUAUUUCUCACUUGCCUUUUGGUUGCUCACUUGUUUCACUUCUGCGAUGUGUUUGUUGUCCGUGCCCGCUGUCGGCACAUAGGGACGGAGAUUUUCUUACCUGCGCGAGAGGGAGAGAGGGAGAGAGCGGAGUUACGAUAUACCUAUCGACUUAUCGUCCAAGCAGAGAAGAGCAGCAUAGCAGAGCGAGGUACUUUAGUCAAAUCAAUAUACAACAAAGUUAAUGAAACAUUGUCUUAAGUCAAAUCAUGGCUCGGAAUGACCCACGGAUAUGGGCGUUGGUAGGCAAACGCAUGUGCCCUUCUUCUUUUUUUCUUUUCUCUUUUUUUCUUUUUCCCCUCGUCUCUUUUGCAUUCGGGCUUGGCUCGAUAGGGUAGGCAGACGUGUUCA